GGAUCCUCCUGCAGAGCAGUAGAAAGUCCGGGAAGGGCCCGUGCCCGUGGCUCCAGGAAAGGAGCGGCCAGGUACCUGCCAGGAGGAAAGAGGAGCAUGAGAACUCAGAAGAAAUUGUACCUACUCAGAAGUGUGGAGUGAGGAUAGAAGUUCCCAGAUUCAAAGGCAUCAUGAAGUGUCAUGACAAGAUAGAAAAGACUUUGGGCUGGCCAAGAAGGAACUGGAUAAAAUUAUGAGUGAGGUACAGCAGGUGGGAACAGUGUCACUGAACCCUAUCAACAGCAGAGCACGAGAACAUGAAUUCCUGCUGCUGGGGAGGCAAUGAAAUGAUAUGGGCCUUCAGAUGUCUAUGAAUCCUGACCCACCGUGGGUGCCAGUUUUCAAGAGGGCUUCCCAUCAAAUAUUGUUGCGCAAAGGAUGGAUGGAUGAAAGGAAGAGUGAGCCAAUAAACGAGGGAACGCCGGGAAAGGCAGCCUCAAGGCGGCGGGCCCUGCCACCCCCACCGUCCCUGAGCAUCCCAGCCGGUUCCCGCCCCCGGCCCGAACUGGCCGCGCGCGCUCGCAGCCCCGCGGCGGAACCCGAGGGCGGCGGCAGCGGUUUCCCUUGAACGAGCCGGGGAAUCUGGAGGGAGCACACAGGAAAGGCAGAGCCGCGAGCUGGACCAGCCGUGCAAAUCUCUAGAAGAUGACGGUGUUCUUUAAAACGCUUCGAAAUCACUGGAAGAAAACUACAGCUGGGCUCUGCCUGCUGACCUGGGGAGGCCAUUGGCUCUAUGGAAAACACUGUGAUAACCUACUAAGGAGAGCAGCCUGUCAAGAAGCUCAGGUGUUUGGCAAUCAACUCAUUCCUCCCAAUGCACAAGUGAAGAAGGCCACUGUUUUUCUCAAUCCUGCAGCUUGCAAAGGAAAAGCCAGGACUCUAUUUGAAAAAAAUGCUGCCCCGAUUUUACAUUUAUCUGGCAUGGAUGUGACUAUUGUUAAGACAGAUUAUGAGGGACAAGCCAAGAAACUCCUGGAACUGAUGGAAAACACGGAUGUGAUCAUUGUUGCAGGAGGAGAUGGGACACUGCAGGAGGUUGUUACUGGUGUUCUUCGACGAACAGAUGAGGCUACCUUCAGUAAGAUUCCCAUUGGAUUUAUCCCACUGGGAGAGACCAGUAGUUUGAGUCAUACCCUCUUUGCCGAAAGUGGAAACAAAGUCCAACAUAUUACUGAUGCCACACUUGCCAUUGUGAAAGGAGAGACAGUUCCACUUGAUGUCUUGCAGAUCAAGGGUGAAAAGGAACAGCCUGUAUUUGCAAUGACCGGCCUUCGAUGGGGAUCUUUCAGAGAUGCUGGCGUCGAAGUUAGCAAGUACUGGUAUCUUGGGCCUCUAAAAAUCAAAGCAGCCCACUUUUUCAGCACUCUUAAGGAGUGGCCUCAGACUCAUCAAGCCUCUAUCUCAUACACGGGACCUACAGAGAGACCUCCCAGUGAACCAGAGGAGACCCCUGUACAAAGGCCUUCUUUGUACAGGAGAAUAUUACGAAGGCUUGCGUCCUACUGGGCACAACCACAGGAUGCCCUUUCCCAAGAGGUGAGCCCGGAGGUCUGGAAAGAUGUGCAGCUGUCCACCAUUGAACUGUCCAUCACAACACGGAAUAAUCAGCUUGACCCGACAAGCAAAGAAGAUUUUCUGAAUAUCUGCAUUGAACCUGACACCAUCAGCAAAGGAGACUUUAUAACUAUAGGAAGUCGAAAGGUGAGAAACCCCAAGCUGCACGUGGAGGGCACGGAGUGUCUCCAAGCCAGCCAGUGCACUUUGCUUAUCCCGGAGGGAGCAGGGGGCUCUUUUAGCAUUGACAGUGAGGAGUAUGAAGCGAUGCCUGUGGAGGUGAAACUGCUCCCCAGGAAGCUGCAGUUCUUCUGUGAUCCUAGGAAGAGAGAACAGAUGCUCACAAGCCCCACCCAGUGAGCAGCAGAAGACAAGCACUCUGAGACCACACUUUAGGCCAUCGGUGGGACCAAAAGGGAACAGGUGCCUCAGCCAUCCCAACAGUGUCGUCAGAGGGUCCCCAGGGCAUUUUCAUGGCAAGUACCCCUCUGCCCCCACUCCAGCAGUGCUUCCCAAAGUGUGCUCUGUCACCUGCUUUGCAAUCAGCUUCCAUUAGCGCAUGUUUUAUUUUGGUGUGACGGUCAGCCCUCCUAAACACGGACUUUCCUCAGGCUGGUUCAAGACGGAAAAGGACUUUCUUCUGUUUUCUUCCAAAGUGCAACCACAGUGGAGAGCCCACAGUGGGCUUAGCCUGCCUAGGCCCUUCCAUUUCUCUUCUUUGACCAUGCUAGGAAUUCUAGGAAAGUGCAUUCCUGCCCUGGUGACCUUUUCCUAUUUCUAGGCUCCUCCACGGGUGCUGCUAUUCUAUUUUGGGAGCUCCGGCUCCUGUUUAGCUUUUAUUUCAGUUCUAACCUCAGUCCAGAAACAUAUGCGAGGUUGUUUCCCUCUUCAGCCAUGGCUACAAUACUGGAAAAUGCUAGUUUUUAUUUUUUUAAGUAGUGCUUCCUAAAUGGUUUGCAUGAGAGCCACCUGGGGUACAUGUUGAAAACUGAUUUAUUUGGGGUCUACCCCAAACCUAAUAACCCAAAUUUGGGGAUGGGGCCCAGGAAUAUGCAUUUUUAAAAAGAAGUCAUCUGCCCUUCCCAGGUGAUUCUGUAAGUUGUCCCUCAACUGUACUUGGAGAAAUCAUGUUUUAAAGCAGUAGUCCACAAAGUAUUCUGCUCAUGUGCCCCCAAAAGUAUUUUGAAAAAUCAUAUAUACCCUCACCCAUCUAAGUUGAUAUCUAAAAUUUUAUCUAAGUUGGUAUCUAAAAUUUUUCAUGGGAAGUUAAAUAGUUGACAAAGUAUUGUAUUUGCUGGUGUCGUGUAAAUAUUGGUAUUUUAAAAUAAAAACUGUUACAUCACUAUUUUAAACAUAUCCAGUACAAUUUAAAUAUCACAACAAUUUGACACCCUUCAUUCAUUUAUAAAAAUGAGCUAGUUCUUUAGUAGUUAAACAUUUCAAAUUGGCUUUUCUCCUUCUGUAUUUCCAUACCACUUUUCAGCCAAGAAUCCUAUCAUAAUGUAAUCUAUUAUGCCUGACAUCUUUUAAUCAUUCACCCCAUUACUUCUUGUCAACAAAAAACAUAAAUGGAAAUUUUUUUUUAGCUCUUGCUUUAAGUGUUUGUUAUCUCAGUCCAGAACCAAUAUUAUCGUAAUUAAUUACUGGUAUAUAAUGAAAAUGGUAUUAAUAUAAUUCUUGGAUGAUUAAAAGUUUUUUUAUUAGAAUGUUCUUUAUCCUAAUUAGUUCAUUUUCCUAAUUAGUUCAUUUAUCCAAGAAUACAUGAAUGUGAUUUACAGCUGAGAUGGGGUUCAACUUCAGCUGUAUUCCUUGUUUCUGUAUAGAUGUAAGCAUAUAAAUUCUAUGGAAUAGAAUUACGUUAACAAUGUU